UGAUGAGUGAGGCUGCAGGACUACGCCAGGAUGAUACUAACGACACAACUACCACUCUUCUUAACCAUCAUCGCUGCUUCCACAACACUGCGCCUUGCCUGCGCUCAGGCCGCAGCGCCCGCGUCCUCCGCGGUCUUGGAGCCUGGCGGCGGGUGUUCGCUGCGCACCCAUGACACAGCGGUCACCUGCCGUGGGCUCGACACGACACACUUGAUACAGUCUUUAAGAGAGAUCAGGAAACAGGUGUUGGAUGAACGACGGAGGAUACAUAACCACUCUAGAGAGCAUAAUGACAACACUGGUGAUAGAAGCAUGCUGAAGGAUGUGGUGAGGGAGGUGUCCUACUACAAGUGUGUUCUGCCCACCCUCACCCAACACACCCUGUUCACGCCCUCUCGUCUCGACACUGUCACCAUUGUAAGUUCAGGCAUUAGAGAGGUCAAUGUGGGAGCAUUUGAUGACCAUGCACAUACUUUGGUGCACCUUGACCUCUCCUACAACCUACUGACGGUGGUUCCAGAAGUAACGGCCAACUUGACAAGGUUGGAGGUGCUUGACCUCCGCCACAAUCAGAUCGCCCACCUCCCAAAAGAAUCUGUUCUGUCAAGUCUUGCCAGCCUGCGUCAACUUCACCUGGACCACAACAAACUUGGACAGAUUGCAAGUGCCCAGCCCGAGGUUGGUUGGAGAAUGUUCAACCUGAACGAGGUGAGAGAGUCUCUAACCUACCUCUCCCUCGCUCACAACGCUCUCACAUCGCUCCCGGAGCUCUUCACCAAGCCUUGCCUCACACUCGCCAACCUUGACUUGUCUUACAAUAACAUCUCAGAGGUGGAGGGUGGUUGGCUGAGAAACAUGGCACGACUACACCAGCUUGACCUGAGCAACAACCUCCUCCAGUCCGUCUUGCCUCAGCAUUUAUCCUCCUCCAUCAUCUACCUGAACCUCGCAGGUAAUCCCUGGAACUGUGACUGUGCCUCCCGCUGGCUACUGCACAGUGGCUCCCACAACACCACUACACCCACCGUCACCUCACCCACCUGCUCCUCCCCACUACAUCUCCGCCAUCGGAAGCUCACUCUCCUAACAGAGUCAGAAGUGUGUCGUCUUCACGUCCCGGGAGGAGAGAGCCAGGUGGUGUAUGUAGGUGACGAGGUCGAAGGUGUGCUGGCUAGCAAACUCGGCCUCCUUCACCUUGUUAAUGUGACUACGCUCAGUCAGCAGGCACUCGUGGUCUCGUGGAGGGUGGACGCGGGGUUCUACUCUUCAUAUAGCUCUUUCUCUCACCCUCUUUCUUGGGCUAUUACUAUACAAGACCCGCAGGAGGACCGCAGAGCCGCGAGGGUCGUUAGAAUGAGCCUAGAACGAUUCAAAGAGAAGCGUCCUGAUUGGAUGCCAAGUAAUUCUCUCUUCACGGAAGUAUUACAAGGCCUCGAGCCUGAGAUGCAGUACACAGUCUGCCUCUCACUCGUCCAGUAUUACUAUAUCUAUAUUCAUCCGGAUAACUGUCGGCACGGAACGACUUCUGCUAGAAUUGUUCCUACAACGUCCGCUUUGACUGAAGCACUGGCAUCGGUACCUAUAGGAUCUAUGGAGAAUUACUCUGUCAAGACAGAGGGAGUGAGUAUGGUAAACGAGGCUCGGCAGGUAACCUUGUCAUGGACUGUCACUAUCUUUCUCAACGAGUUUAAAAUACCAGCUAAGCAAGAUACCAUAAUGUUGCGUCCCUUAGGGUGGAAGAUCACUUACCGCCGCUUUGGAGAAGACAAUAUGACAGAGGUUGUAUUGGUGAGCCGAGGUGGUGAACCUGUUCAGAAUUUCACCAAUCAUUACUCUGUGAAAGGUCUUCAACCUGGUACAGGUUACAUUUUCUGUUUGCGUUCAUUGUCUGAUGAAGAGGUGAGGACGGCUGUCUUCAGCAGCUCUGGCGAGGUUCACAACAUUAAUCCUCAGGCGCAAUCACAGGUUUUCUUAGCUCCAAAGUUGUCAGCGUCGGCUACACAAGGUCACACCAUGCAGGUGGACGUUGAUCACCUCGUUCAUCCUACUUUUAACGAUGAAAAGACACAACUGUUAUCAGAUAUCUCUCAGCGUCAUUUUCUUUCUCAUGAAGAUUUGAAGUCACAAAGAACGAAUUCUGCAUCUCCAUCUCGUGGAAGUACACCCCUGUCUCAGUCACAGGAAACUGGCCCAAUGUUUCUGUCAAAAGAAAAUAAUGCAACACUUCCAUCACAAGGAAGCAUUGAAGUAUUUCCAUCACAGGGAAGCACCACACUGCUCCCAUCACAAGGAAGCACAACACUGCUUCCAUCACAGGGAAGCACAACACUGCUCCCAUCACAAGGAAGCACAACACUGCUGCCAUUACAGGGAAGCACAACACUGCUGCCAUCACAGGGAAGCACAACACUGCUCCCAUCACAGGGAAGCACAACACUGCUGCCAUCACAGGGAAGCACAACACUGCUCCCAUCACAGGGAAGCACAACACUGCUGCCAUCACAGGGAAGCACAACACUGCUCCCAUCACAGGGAAGCACAACACUGCUGCCAUCACAGGGAAGCACAACACUGCUGCCAUCACAGGGAAGCACAACACUGCUCCCAUCACAGGGAAGCACAACACUGCUGCCAUCACAGGGAAGCACCACAACGUUCUCCGUGGAAGGAAGUCAUACCGGGUCACCAUUCAAGAGACCAUAUUCACUAACUGGUCAUAACAAACAAGAGCUUCCAAACAUGUUAUCACCAGGAAGAAGUUCUGCAGUACCUUUGAAUAUACCAUCCGUACCAAGCCUGACUCAGUCACGACGUCCUCCCCGGCCACAGUACGGAGGGCACUUCGUCUACACCAGCACGGGUGAGAGAAUUGUUCUUCCAAUACCAUCUUUUGGACCUGAUUCUCCUUUUAAUAUUCCGUCUGUUGUAGGACCUAGAGUAAAGAUGGGCCCCAGUGGUCUACCAAUUUCCUCAUCCUCGUCGCCAGUGGCGCGUAAUUCACGGCAGAGGUUUAUAUAUGAAUUUGAUGGUGUGCCACCUGAAAAAACUCAACAGUCAUAUACCUAUGAUUUUACAACAGAAGCAGCUAAUACUGCUUCUUCCUCAAAACAUCAAGUCCAAAUAUCUGAGACAAGGCACAAGCGGUCAAAUGAAGAGAAUAUCAGCACUCUGUAUAAGGUAAAUGUAGAAUCUGGACUCAUGCAGUAUUGCCAAGAAAUCAUCACUCCUCAUGAAGAGGAUGUAAUACCUCUAAUAGCCAUUACCUCCACUGUGUCCAGCGCGAUGGCAGUAGUGUUGGUGGUCAUGUUAUGGUGGUGCUGCCUAAGGAAGUGUCGCUAUGGUAAGGCAGACUUGGGUGGCAGACCCACUUACACCGCGCGCAAGACUACCGGUACUACCACCUCAACUCCAGCCAGCGUCUUCCCCGGUAAUGACCAGGUCCUCACAGGUUCUGUUAUCACUGAAGGUAAUGGAGAUCUUAAGCAAGCUCGACCUCUCAUGAAGACCAGCGCUACAUCUGCUGGGAAUAUAACAAUUGACCAUGAAAAUAAUAAAAACUUGAUGAAAACUGAGCGUUCAUCUUCUCUUUCUUCCAGCUUUGGGUACCUAACACCUCUGAAGAUGCCCAGUGGACUUAUCCGCGACCCUGUUCAGGCACUCAUCAAUGCACAAUCAAGCAUUAUAACAAAUCCCCAUUUUGUGGGGGAUCAUCUCCAGCAGCACAGAGACGUGCAAGAGUUCCAUCCAGGAUAUGAUAUUCCUCCAACAUCAUCACAUAAGCCUCUCUUUGGGUAUGACUAUCCUCACCCAGUUCCUGUAAAUCCUAUAGGAAUUUACGUAGAUAAAAAUGGCAGACUUGAAAAUCAAAAUAUACUGCCAGUUCCUUUACCAGGAAGAAGUGUUUCCAAAUACAAAGCUUCCUCUGAAACUGGUAGAUAUACAGACAGCUAUUCACAAAUAAAUUUAAAUAUUCCCUUGGAUCAGAAGAAGAGUUUUGACCAAAAUAAAAUCAUAGAUUUAGACAGGAGCCCAGAUUCCAACAAAAGCCUUGACUAUAAUUAUAUUAUUCCAGAAAAUAAAGACAAUAUGCCCAUAAAGUCCAAGGGCAAACUCACAGAGAAAACGGGCUUUAAAUUAAUGCCAGAUGAUGCCUGUCCAGAAAGCCAAGUUUACAAUGAUCAUCAGUUUCCAUCUACUGAACAAUUGAACCAUUCUGCACCAGACUCAGGUAAUGCUGGAGUUAUUUUCAACGAUGAGGAUUCUCGAGUAUCAGGUAAAACAACACCAGCAAAAUUUCAUUUACACAUCGGUGAUCGCAAAAGUAUUUCGCACCAGAGAUUAUCUAGAAAAGAACAAGGGGAAUCACCAUCCAUAUACACACACACACUCACUGGAUGUGACAAGGUUGAUGAUUAUAUCCCUCAGCAAGACGUGACCAGCAGGGAUAGAAACAGGGACCAGGCUCGCAACAGCGUGCCUCUGGACGCUUCAAGGGCGAGAACCAGCUUGGGCGAAGUGGUCCUUACUGGUGGAACUCUCAUUGAGGUCCCUGAGGGAUAUGUUGUCCCGAAACCAGCUCAUUCCGUCACAACACUGGUGCCAGACACACAAGUUCAGUAUCAUGAAACGACGAAGACACUUUCGCCUCCUGAUCCACAAACACAUAUUCCUGGCAGAAGAAGCUCCUUCCCUGUAAAUAAAGGCUAUGCUGAUAAAGGAGAAAGUAAGAUAACACAUAUCAUUACACCCGAGUUAGAGACAAAUAGAAUAAUAAUUAAGACCGGGUCCCCGGUGUAGCAUAUGUGGUCCCACAUGUGUACUAGGGACUCCCUGCUGGUGUAGCAUAUAUGGUGCCAUAUGGGUACUAGGGACCCACCUGCAGGUGUAGCAUAUAUGGUGCCACAUGUGUACUAGGGACUCCCUGCUGGUGUAGCAUAUAUGGUGCCACAUGGGUACUAGGGACCCACCUGCAGGUGUAGCAUAUAUGGUGCUACAUGUGUACUAGGGACCCACCUGCAGGUGUAGCAUAUAUGGUGCCACAUGGGUACUAGGGACCCACCUGCAGGUGUAGCAUAUAUGGUGCCACAUGUGUACUAGGGACCCACCUGCAACCUUAAACAACAUUAAUUCACGAAAUCUCAAUAAAUAUGACAAUAUAUGAGACAAUAUUCAACAAUAACUUUGCGUGCCUAAUAAACUAUAAGUGAA